GAUUAAUCAGGCCUUGUGCAGCGGUACGCUAUACGUGUCUUAUUCAAAUGGAGCACGCAAGGAAAGAUUCUACGAAGCCGUGAGUAUGCAGGCGUGGAUCUUAAUUGAUGCUGACCAUCAUCAACACGAAAAAAAGAUAAGGAUUACUCCAAAGGCGCAAGAGACGAGCGCAUGGACUAGCAUCCAAGAUGGAGAGCGCGGGUGCAGCGAGGGAGACCGCUGGCAUGGCCGUAGACGAAGAGCAACCUCGGUUGAAGCGAAGUCGCACUCGGAGCCGGGAUCGCAGUCAAAGCCGAUCUUCGCAUCAAGGCAGCAAACAGUCGAGGAGGCGCGAAGCGUCUGCGCGCCAGUCGGACAGGCUUGCCCGCAAGAGAGGCAAAACAUCCACAGCAGCAGCGCGCCAGUCUGUUGGGCACGAAGAGAGCAGCAGCAGCAGGCUUCAAUUGGAUUCGGCUGCGAAUGCGGUGGAUGGAGAGUUGGAGGCGAGCCAAUUCUUUCAUCACGUGCCUCAUCUCAGACCUGCUCUGAUUGGUUGGAAGCUGAGAACAAGAGCUCUGAAUAGGGAACGAAAGCUUCAAGCCUCCUCCAUAGCCAUUCCUCUAGCAAACGCUACGCCGCCUCGCGCGUCAUCUUGGCGAGAUUUGGACGGACCAGAGGGCGCGCGUCACGAAGCCAAAAUCGGCUCGCGCACUUCUACGAGCGUGUCGCGCAGAUCCAAAUCGGCCAGAGUGGACCCACCGAUGGGUCUCAGGCUCAACCAGCCCUCCGAAAGAUCAUUGCAGGUUCAGAAAUUGCACGAUCUGGUGCAUCUGAUGAUCGCCAAGAGAGAUCCUUUGCGGGCUGCUCGAGCGCUCAGGAUCCUGAUGAGAUGCCACGAGUGGAGACCGAUUGAGCUUUACAGGAUGGGGUUGGAGAUAGCAGGCAUGGGAUGUGUGGACAAAGCUUCAGACCGGAGAAGUGUGAGCGAUCUGUCCCAGCCUUCGCUGCACGCGACCCGGGCAAAGCUCAACUACAUCAGAGCUCUUUCUAGCAAGCGCGCCUUUCACCGCGCAAACUUGCUCGUCGAGCUUGUGCCGAAUCUCAUCGCAAUGGGACAAGGCCGAGAAGCCUUGGAAGAGAUCUCAAUUCAUCACAUCCUGGCCCUUUCGGUCCGAGCCCAUGCUGCACUUGUACGCUGGUUUGUUGAUCUUGCAGCUCGGUGCUCUCGAGCUUCCUACUGAAGACGUUCCCAAGGAUGAAUCGUCGAACAUGCGCGCCCCCGAAGUCCACAUACCUCCUUUUGAUCCGGAGCGGGAUGCGGAUCUCCUCCGCGUCGCUUCGCACCACUUUGAAGGAUGCAUCAAUGCUGGAGCGACGCAGUCGACCUUGAUCAACAUGGAAAGACAAAGACUGCAGACUUCUCAAAAGCUCAAGACGAAAAAGGCAAAGAGGAGAAUGCGAAGCGGGCUGAAGAAGAGGAAACGAGGGAUUGCAGAGACGGAUGACAGUGGAGAGGAGGAGGAGGAGGAAGAGGAGGAGCAGGGUGAAGGAGGAGAGGGCAACGUGGAAGAUGCGAUAGAUAUCAAUACGAAUGCUGCGAGGGAUCAGU